CUGAACCUCUUCCUGUCAUGGGCAGAACAGCUCCGCAUGAAGCUAGUUUUAAAUAGACAGAUAUUGUUAAGUCAUAUGUACCCGGGUAAACCGAUUUGGUGUUGGAAAUAAUUAGUCAUAAUUGUCAGAGACAAAUUGGGCUUACGCAUUAACUAAAUGCUUGUCAUAAUUAAUAAUCGGGGUUCUUUGGGGUGUUAAAGUUAGCUGAAGAAGCUAACUGGCUAGCUACUAUUAUGGCUGCAGCCAAUCCUCUGCAGCCAAUUUCUGCUCCUGUAGUAAGUCAGAAGCAACGCAAGGCUGCUCUGAGGAAAGAGAGAAGAAAACGGAAACGGCAAGCUCUCGCCCAAGCUAGAGAAUGUGAUUCAAGGAAUGAAGCGAUCUGUCCUCCUGGGACCGAAGAGGAAAUAAAUGAUGGAGAUGGCGAAGAUAAUGAUGUUGCUGAGGAGGAAAGACUGCGGCGACAUGAAGAGUGGCUGCAAAGAGAGAGGCUUGCCCAGGAGGAAUUCAGACUGCGUUACGAAAGGGAGGAAGCUGCCAGGAAAAGAAAAGAGGAAGAGGAGCGGAGGAUAAAGGAGGAGUGGGAGGCCCAGCAGAAGAAAGAGCAUGAAGAGAAAGAGCAGAAGCAGCAAGAGAAGCGAGACAGAGAGGAGGCCGUUCAGAAAAUGUUGGACGAAGCUGAAAAUCAGUUGGAAAAUGGAGGACCCUGGAUGAAUCCUGAGGCUCCCGUGACAGCGACGGGGAACUCUGACAACUUUGGAACAGAGCGCGACGUAGCGAACUGCCCAUUCUUUCUAAAGACGGGAGCGUGUCGCUUUGGAGAUCGAUGCUCUCGGAAGCACGUUUACCCCACGACCAGCCCGACUCUGAUGAUCCGCGGCAUGUUCAGGAUAUUCGGCAUGGAGCAGUCGCGGCGAGACGACUACGACGUCGAUGCCUGUUUGGAGCACAGCGAGGAGGAGCUGCACGAGUCCUUCCUCGAGUUCUACCACGACGUUCUCCCCGAGUUCAAGAGUGUCGGCAAGGUGCUGCAAUUCAAGGUUUGUUGCAACCACGAACCACAUCUGAGAGGAAAUGUUUACAUCCAGUUUGAAACAGAUGAACAGUGCAAAGAGGCCUUCAUCAAGUUCAAUGGGAGGUAUUAUGCAGGCAGGCAGCUUCACUGUGAGAUAAGUCCUGUUACACGGUGGAAAAAUGCCAUAUGUGGGUUGUUCGACAGACAGAAAUGCCCUAAAGGGAAGCACUGCAAUUUCCUGCACGUGUUUCGAAACCCCGGGAUUGAAUUCUGGGAUGCCGACAGGGACCUGCACAUGUCCCCGAACCGCAGCGUCGCAGGGAGCCGCAGGGACGGGUCUCGUUCGGAGCGUUUCAGCGACCGCUCUUGGAGGCAGCGUCGCUACAGCAGAAGCCCGGUGAGGUCGGAGAGAUCUCACAGCAGACGAGAGGACGACAGGCGGAGGAGCAGGAGCAGAGAGAGGAGGGCGUCGCACCAGUACAGAGAGGAAACGUGGUCAUCCAGAUCCAGACACAGUGACAGCAGGAAGGAGAGGCAUCUGAGGAGAAGCAGAGAAAGGUCCAGGAGCAGGAGCAGAGAGAGGUCGAGGAGCAGGAGCAAAGAAAGACCUCAACGCAGGCUUAGAAACGGGAGCAGAGAUCAAGACCGGGCGCCUAGGCAUAGAGAUAGAAGUAAAGAGAGAGACAGCAGAGACAGAGACACUCAGAGAGAAGUGAGAGAAAAGUCAAGAAGCACAAGCAGAGAGAGGGAAAGAAACAAACCAGAGAGAGAGAAGAGCCCAGAGAAACCAGAUAAGAAUAAGAAAAGGUCUGACGACGACACCGACGCACACCAUCGCCACAGACACUCAAAAAAGAGCAAGAAGAAGAGCAAGAAAAAGAAGAAGAAGAAGAGGAAAAGUCGUUCAUCUGAAGGGACACCUUCACCCGUAGAGUCAGAAAAGGAGAAGGAGUCAGAGGAGGAGGAGGAGGAGGAGGAGGAAACGGUGGAUUCUGCACCGAGUCCCAGUAGUGAGAUGAACGAGACGGAGGUAACUCAGAAAAACUGUGACUUAGACGAGAGCGCUGACGCAGAGAAUAACUCAAGUUCAGAAGUGAAAAGUGAACAGAUGUCUCAAGCAAGCUGAUUGUUCUUUUUUUUUUUUUUUUAAGCAGAGAUACAUAGAGAUACAUAGCUCCACAAUCACUCCCCCGUCAGGCAUCACUUUUUAGUUGGUGGUUUUCAAACCCGUUAAAUUAGAUGCAUUGUGGGACUGUUUUGUACGGGCACUAUUUUUUUUGUCCAUUACAUUUCUCAGUAACUGAAUGCCUGAUCUGCACCGGUCAAGCAUAACAUUAUGACCACCUUGUUUUGUAAGUCUCCUUUGUGCCGCCAAAACAAUUAUCACUUAUCAGAGUAACGAAAUGGGCCUUCUGAGGGUGCCCUGUGGUGUUAAUAGUGGGGGGGGACUUUGGGUCCCAUGGGUUGAGGGGAGGGGCCUCUGUGGAUCAUCCCACAGAUACUUGAUCUCCUAGGGAAUUUGGAGGCCAGGUCAACACCUUGUUCUGUUUUUUUGAGUUGUUCCUAAACCUUUUUUGUGUCUGUGUCAGGCUGCAUCCUGCUGGGGGUGGCUGCUGCCAUCAGUGAGUGUUAUGGAGUGGGGGGUGGUUGGUCUGGUAACAUCCACACUAAUGCCAGGUCCAAAAGUUUCCCAGCCGAACACUGAAUUAUCACCAGAUGGUCGAUGUUAUUAACUUCUCCGUGGUCAUAAUGUUAUGCCUGAUCGGUGUAUAUCCUGGGUAGUUUAACACACUUCAGAUAUAAUAUCAGUGGAAGAAGUGAUUUCAUACACAGCCCACAUCAGAACUCAUCACCAUCCUUAACCAUAUGUGAAUAUUUUGCUUUUUAGAAAUUAACAUUGCUUUAAUUGAAGCUGUUGCACUACAGUUCUCGAUGCUGAUUAAAAUCAAUACAAACAUCAA